AUGGCGGUGUUGAAUCAUCUUCUGUUGAAUCAUCAAAUUUCUAUUUUAACUGUAACCGAUAUGCAACAAAAGUGGGGGAAGGCUGCUGAAAAGGUGGCGAAUGACUUAUAUAAAGUUACGCGUUUAUCUGAAUUCUGUAAUAACCAGAAGCAACAACAUGAAGAUGAGAAAAACUGUACGAAUAGUUUAUUCAGAGACAUACACUUGUCUGAAGAUGUAAAGUCAUCUAUUUUGAAUUCGUUCGUUAAUGCAUUCCCUGAUAGCAGCUUGGCAUACGAGCUUAAUGGCCGCCCAGGAAUUAACGAAGUUGUUGAGAAAAGCUAUGACAGUUGCCACGUUCUGAAUGAAUUUUUGGACCUGACUAUUGCAUCCCGUAGAUCCUCCACCGACUCAUUAAUUUCCAUUGAAGAUGACCAAGCAACCUGUGACCUGAAGGCUUUUUUGAAACGCGCAUUCCAUCCGGACAAUCGCUCAUCAAUUGAUACCGAUAUCAUGGAUUUUAUCGGCCCACUGGAAAUCAAUUUAUCUGUAUUCUACGAGGUGCAUGUACGUGUUUCAGAACGCGAGUCAUUGCAAAUUUGUUUAGAAACAAUUGGGCAAAAUUCCUCUUCCAUGUGGAAAGAAGAACGAUCUCGACGUAUAACCGCUUCACACGCUUACUCACUGUAUACGUAUUAUUCUACCGGACAGGACAAACUUAAAGACUGGAGGCGAAAAAUAAUGAACAUUGUCAUACCUAAGGAUUACCAAACAACAGCAAUGAUGCAUGGUUCUUACAGUGAGUUACCAGCUAUAAAUGCGUAUAUGCGUGAUUCCGGGAAAGUUGUUGUUCGAUGUGGACUCGUAGUGCCACCAGAUAUUCCGUGGCUCGGAGGUUCUCCUGAUGGGAUUGUAAUUAAUGAAUGGAAGAUUAUUGAAGUCAAAUGUCCCGAAAGCGGAAAAAGUCUUCCUCUAAAAGAUAUGAUUCCCUGUCUCAAAUAUUUGACUCGCAAUCAACAUCUGCUGAGAAGAAAUCACCAAUACUAUGGUCAAAUUCAGAUGAACAUGUUUAUUCUAAAAUGUGAGAAAACGGAUUUUCUCAUAUAUUCAGCAUUUGAAGAUAGGUGUUAUGUACAGACUGUAUUGUUUGACGAACGUUUCGUACGUAAUAUGUUACAUUCAUUGAAGGAAGUGUAUUUCAACGCGUUUUUGAAAUAUCUGUAUUCAUCUAGUUUUAAGGGUUAA